GUCGGGGACCCGUACACGCUGUGUUUGCGAGUCCCGCUACAGUGAAUCCGAAGAUGGCGGAAGCUCCUUUACGGACCUGCCGGUAUUUCUGUCACCGAUGUUCUGAAGAGAUUAGCCCUCGUCUCCCGGAUUACACCUGUCCACGGUGCGAGUCCGGCUUCAUUGAGGAGUUACCAGAGGAGAGAAGCACAGAGAAUGGGUCCACAUCCACGUCGUCCACCAGCGAUCAGAACCGUUAUCCGUUUGAGAAUGUGGACCCGACCCUGUUUACCUUCCCACACCCGUACGGUCAGCUGGCGCUGGGCAUCUUCGGCGAGGGUUUUGAUCUCCGGACGGGCAUGUCCUCUGAGGACGGGCGAGACGGUGAGAACCCACGGGAGCGGGAGAUGGCAUCACGCCAACGCUACGGGGCCAGACAACCUCGGGGGCGUCACAUUCCCCGGAGACAAGGGACACGGCAUGAAGGAGUGCCCACUUUAGAGGGAAUAAUUCAGCAGUUAGUAAACGGAAUCAUCGCGCCAACAGCUAUGCCAAACAUGGGAAUGGGACCAUGGGGAAUGCUUCAUUCAAAUCCAAUGGACUACGCAUGGGGUGCCAACGGCUUAGACGCCAUUAUAACACAGUUAUUAAACCAGUUUGAAAAUACGGGUCCACCUCCUGCAGACAGAGAAAAGAUCAAAAACCUCCCAACAGUUCAGAUCACAGAGGAGCAUGUGGGAGCUGGUUUAGAAUGUCCCGUGUGUAAAGAAGACUACACCGAGGGGGAGAGCGUUAGACAACUUCCAUGCAAUCAUCUCUUUCACAAUGACUGUAUAGUGCCCUGGCUCGAACAGCAUGACACGUGUCCGGUGUGCAGGAAGAGCUUGAGCGGCCAGAACACAGCCACAGACCCUCCUGGCUUAUCAGGAAUGAACUUCUCCCCUUCCUCCUCCUCAUCGUCCUCCUCUAGUUCCCCCAGUAACGAAAACGCUGCCAACAACUCCUAAAAUACCCACAGUCCUUCCUCACACUCUCUCUCUCUCUCUCUCUCUCUCUCUCUCACACACACACACACACACACACACACACAAAUCCCUCAACAUUUUAUUAUCUCCGAGAGUGCGUGGCCAAUCCUGUUAAAGCUCAAGUCCCUCACUCAUAUCUUAAUAACGCAGCCCUGAAGAACCCGGAACGUUCCAGUUCCUACUCUUUUCUGUCGUUACUGAGAAUGAUGCGAGGGCUGAGCUGGAACCUGAUAGUCUAGAACGCACCCUUUAAGGCCAGCACCUCAUUAUCCUCCUCAUCUUCAUUAACAUCAUCAUCAUCAUUACCAUCUGACUCCCUGGAGCAAGCGCCAAAGGACAAGCGAAUAGGGGAGAGAAACCACACACACACACACACACACAUGUAUUCCAAUACUUUUUUAUUAUUAUUAUUAUUGAACUGGAGCAUGACCGUUCCUCUCUUUCUUUCCUUUUUUUUUUUAAAACACAUAACAAGCAGUCCUGUACAAACAGGGAUUUUAAUUCAAAAAGUGACUGUGGGGUCAAAUAAAGGGAAAAAAAAGGGAUGAAAGUUGUUAGAUGAUAUAUA